AUGCCUUCCGAAAAGCCAUUUCACCAUAGGGCUACCCUUAAACAAACAAAUAAGCCUUUUAAAUCAAAACAUGCCACAAAAGGCUCUCUGAAAGAUCAAGCAAAGGGUAAAAUUAAGCGCAAAUCUGUAAAGCAGUCGACCCCACGUCCCAAUUUUGUUUCAAAGGCUGAUCGUCGUAAUGCUGCCAAGUUGGAACAAAGAAAAAAGAGAGAGGAAUUGAUAAAGGCUAACAGAUUUUUUGAAGGCCGAAAUAGUACUCCAAAAAUUGUGGCUGUUAUUCCCUUAUGUUCCGAUGUAAAUUCACUUAAUGUUGUAGAAAAUAUAUAUGCAAGCGUCGAACAAUCGGCUCCAUCGAUUAGCGGAAGCAUUGCUUUCUUAAAUACUGAACGCUUCAAACAAAAAGUACAAUUCAUUCUUUUGGAGCGUAAUUUCAUUGAUAUUCUUGAUGCAUGUAAGGUGGCGGAUUUUAUGUUAUUUAUACUUUCCGCAAAAGUCGAGGUUGAUCAAUUUGGAGAAUUAUGCCUUAAAGCUAUUCAGUCCCAAGGUUUUCCAUCAAUAAUAACAUCGGUCUUGUAUUUAGAAGAUAUUCCACAGAAAAAACGCAAUGAUGUCAAAAAAUCACUUUUAAGCUUCAUUACUCAUUUCUUCCCUGAUGAAGAGAAAAUUCAUGCUGCAGAUCAACCACAGGAAGCUCUUAAUAUACUUAGAACAAUAUGUACUCAACUUCCUAAACAAAUUUCAUGGAGGGAGACACGUCCAUAUAUGCUUGUGGAGGAAAUAUCUUUUGACAAUAAUAAUGACGAUAGUAAAGGAACCUUCAGAGUUACGGGAUACGCUAGGGGAACUGCGUUUUCUGCGAAUCGCUUAAUACAUUUGCAGAACUUUGGUGAUUUUCAAUUAAAUCAGAUUACGUCUUGCCCAAAACAAUCCAAAGAUGGUAGAGAUAUGGUAGAGGAUAUUAAAGUACUGGAUACUGCAAACCCGAAAGAGCAGGAAUCCCUAAUUGCGGAAAAUGAGCCAAAUUUUAUGGCAAAUGAGCAAACAUGGCCAACUGAAGAGGAAAUUAUAUGUAAUGAAGGUCAUACUGAGCUGAUGAAAUCUGAUAUACCAAAUGCACCUCCUGGCACAACUCCAAGAAAGAUUAUAAAACGAGUUCCUAAAGGAACUUCUUCGUAUCAAGCCGCAUGGAUUGUUGAUUCGGAUGACGAUAAUAGUGAUGGUUUUAGUGAUGAGGAUGGUGACAUUAAUAUGUGUUAUGAAGAUGACGAUUCACAUUUAUCUAACUAUGAAGCUAAUUAUGAUGAGGAGGAGUAUGAAGACAUUGAAGUUGAGAGUAAACAAACUGGCUUAAAUGAUCACUUGGAUCCUGAAGAAGAAGAUAGACAAUUAAAGGAAUAUUUGGCCAGUCGAGAAAAAGAACACCGAGACGACCUUGAAUUUCCGGAUGAAGUGGAUACGCCAUUGAAUAUUGCCGCACGAAUUCGGUUUCAAAAAUAUCGAGGCUUACAAAGUUUUCGUACUUCGCCAUGGGAUCCAAAUGAAAAUUUACCAAUUGAUUAUGGUCGUAUCUUUCAAUUUGAAAAUUUUAAGAGAACAAAAAACAGAGUUAUUAGUCAGGCUUCUGCUUAUGUAAGCGGUGUAAAGGUUGGAACGUAUAUUACUCUACAUAUAGCUAAUGUUCCUAAAAAAGUAGCAGAAUCCUAUAGUCCAUCUCGACCGUUUAUAGUUUUCGGUCUCUUUGAAUAUGAGCAUAAAAUUUCUGUCUUGAAUUUUUUUAUCACAAGAAAUGGUGAAUAUGAAGAACCAAUUAAAUCAAAGGAUUCGCUUAUCAUGCAUUGUGGAUUCCGUCGGUAUGUUGUGAGGCCGUUGUACUCGCAAAAUACACUAAGAGGAAAAGGCACUAAUAAUGUUCAUAAAUAUGAGAAAUUCAUUAAUCCGGGAAGGUCUUAUAUCGCUACCAUCUAUGGUCCAAUCAAUUUUGGGAACUUGCCUGUUACUUUUUACAAGGAUACUGGUGAUGUUAAUGCGCCAAUAUUUGUGGCUAAUGGCUUUUCCCUAAAUGCUGACCCGAAACGAAUAAUUGCAAAGCAUGACGUAUUAUGGUUUAAACCAGUUCAAUUAACCACAAAGUAUGGUCGCACUGGCCAUAUUAAAGAAUCAUUAGGUAUACAUGGAUAUAUGAAGUGUGUAUUUGAUUCACUCAUAAAACAACAGGAUACAGUAAUGAUGAAUCUUUAUAAACGAGUAUUUCCUAAAUGGAAUACUACAGUUUUGUGGUGUGAUGGAUUGAUUGGAACUAAAAUGACGGUAUCAAGUCAACUAAGAGAUAAAGAUAUAGGAAAUGAUAUCGAUGAUGUUGAAAUGGAAACUAAUGAUACUUCUUGA